AUGAAGUACGUCGUCGUCUCGGGUGGUGUCAUCUCCGGUAUCGGAAAGGGUGUUUUGGCUUCCUCCACCGGUCUUCUUUUCAAGACCUUGGGAUACCGUGUCACUUCCAUCAAGAUUGACCCUUACAUGAACAUCGAUGCUGGAACCAUGUCUCCUUUGGAGCACGGAGAGUGUUUCGUUUUGAACGACGGAGGUGAGGUCGACUUGGACUUGGGUAACUACGAGAGAUACUUGAACAUCACCUUGACCAAGGACCACAACAUCACCACCGGUAAGAUCUACUCCCACGUCAUCGAGAAGGAGAGAAAGGGUGACUAUUUGGGAAAAACCGUGCAGGUUGUUCCUCACAUCACCGACGCCAUCCAGGCCUGGAUUGAGCGUGUAGCCCGUAUCCCUGUAGACGAGUCUGGCUUGGAGCCCGAGGUUUGUAUCAUCGAGCUUGGUGGUACCGUUGGAGACAUCGAGAGUGCUCCAUUUGUAGAGGCCUUGAGACAGUUCCAGUUCCGCGUGGAGAACUUUGCUCUUAUCCAUGUUUCUCUUGUGUUGGUCAUCCAUGGCGAGCAGAAGACCAAGCCUACCCAGGCUGCCAUCAAGGACUUGCGUUCGCUCGGUUUGACCCCAGACAUGAUCGCCUGUAGAUGUUCGGAGGAGUUGGAGACGGCCACCGUCCAGAAAAUCGGUAUGUUCUGUCAUGUCGGUCCUGAGCAGGUGAUUGCCAUCCGUGAUGUCAACUCCACCUACCACGUGCCCUUGUUGUUGCAAGAGCAGAAGAUGAUGCGCUUUUUGGCCAAGAAGCUCAGCUUGGACACCUCUUUGUUGACCAAGGAUGCUCGCGACAAGGGUGAGCGUUUGAUGGGCUCCUGGAGAACCUUGACCUCUGCUCACGACAAAGCCGUUGAGACCGUCACCAUUGCCCUUGUUGGUAAGUACACCAACUUGAAGGACUCUUACUUGUCUGUGAUCAAGGCUUUGGAGCACUCUGCCAUGAGAUGCUACCGUAAGUUGAAGAUUGAGUGGGUUGAGUCUUCGGACUUGGAGUUGGAGACCAAAGACUCCAACUUGGGCGACUACCACAAGGCAUGGCAUUUGGUUUGCCAGGCUGACGGUAUUCUCGUCCCUGGUGGUUUCGGCUCCAGAGGUAUCGAGGGAAUGAUCGCUGCCGCCAAGUACGCCAGAGAAAACGACGUCCCAUACUUGGGUGUCUGUUUGGGUUUGCAAGUCGCCGUCAUUGAGUUUGCCAGAUCUGUUUUGGGCAUGGAGGGCACUUCGUCCAUGGAGUUCAACCCUGAGGCCGAAGAGGAGACUUCUGCCGUUGUCUACAUGCCUGACGUUGACCAAAUCAAUCUUGGUGGUACCAUGAGACUCGGUAUCCACUCCACCAAAUUUGUCCAAGACUCCGAGUGGUCGAAGUUGAGAAAGUUGUACGGCGGUGCCGGCUCCGUUUUGGAGAGACACAGACACAGAUACGAGGUCAACCCUAGAAUAAUAGACCAGGCCGAGGCUCAGGGCUUGAAGUUCAUUGGUAAGGACGAGUCCGAGAAGAGAAUGGAGAUCGUUGAGAUCAAGGACCACAAGUUCUUUGUCGGAACGCAAUACCACCCUGAGUACUGCUCCAAGGUUUUGGACCCAUCCAGACCAUUUUUGGGUUUGAUUGCCGCCUCUGCUGGUAUCUUGGAUGACGUCUUGGCCCGUAAGGAUAUCCACGAGAAGGGUGAGUUUUAA